CGGGACGUCAUACUUGUUAGUGGCGUUUAUAUGUAUCGCUCUGAUUCGGAAUAUUCUAAAGUUAGUAUUACGUUUGAAGUGAGUUUUUUUAGUUACUGUUUGUCUUCAGUUACGUUAACGUAGUCCAGCUGUGGGCCAUGACUGCAUCAUUUUCCAAUUUUUCAUAGACCAUUAGUAACAAUUCCUAAAUCACGACAAAAAACACCAAGAUGUGCCCGGAAAAGAAGAGAUAAAAAGUAUAGAAAGGACAGGAGUCCCGUCAUGUUCUCUUUAACAAAGGGCUGUGGUUGCGUCAAUUUUGGAGGACGUCGAACACGGUCUAUGGGCGACGACUCUUCAUCCUGUAGAAGUUCAGAAAUCGAACAGGAAUCGCCAAAGAAACUGACUAGAAGAGUCCUAAACGGUGACUGCACCAUGAAAGCGCUCGCCCCCUUUUUGAGAUUUUGGAAGAGAGAUGAGGUCAGCAUGACGAAGGCGGAGAGAACCAUGAAAGCAGCGAUACUGAUACAGCAAUGGUACCGAAGAUAUUUGGCUCGUAUGGAAGUAAGAAGACGAUAUACAUGGACGAUAUUCCAGAGUAUCGAAUAUGCAGGUGAACAGGAUCAAGUGAAGUUGUACAACUUUUUCAACGCGUUACUGAGUCACAUGCGUGACACGACUGGGCGGCCCUCAUCCGAGAGGACAUCGCGUACAGCAUCUGUUUUGGAGCAAGUAUUCUCUGAAGAGUCUGACGAGGGAGGCGGCGUUGAUGAGACAGCACCCCCGAAAUCGGCUCGCGGGCCAGAUAUCGAAUUCCCAUUGAAGAGAAAAGAUAUUGACUUGCUGAUUGAGGCGUUCCGAAAGAAAAAGCAUCGUUUGCAUCCGAAGCACGUCGCUCAAAUAUUGAAAGAGGCCUCGCAGACUUUGAAAAGGUUGCCCAACAUCAAUGUUGCUACUACCUCUAUAUCCAGUCAGAUCACAAUCUGUGGCGAUUUGCAUGGAAAACUGGACGACUUGCUGGUUAUAUUCCAUAAGAAUGGUCUGCCAUCUACAGAAAAUCCAUAUAUUUUCAACGGUGACUUCGUGGAUAGGGGUAAGAAGAGUUUGGAAGUGCUGCUGUUGCUUUUGUCAUGUAUGUUGGCAUUUCCUGGAGGAGUUUACCUUAACCGGGGGAAUCAUGAAGAUCUCAUUAUGAACGCCAGAUACGGCUUCAUAAGAGAAGUUCAUCAAAAAUAUAAGCACAACGCUGAGCGUCUUCUCAAACUAAUUGAGAACGUGUACCGCUGGCUGCCUCUGGGAACAAUUAUCAACAACCGCGUGUUCGUAGUCCACGGAGGAAUCUCUGAUACCACAGAUUUGGAUAUGGUGAAGAGUCUCGAACGUGAUAAGUACGCGUCAUUGUUGCGACCUCCAGUGGCUGAGGGCACUGCUCCAGGAGCCGAAACCAUUGAUAAGGUGGAGUGGAAACAGGUGUUCGACAUAUUGUGGUCAGAUCCGCAAACAACUGGAGGGUGUGUCGCCAACGCUCUCCGCGGUGCUGGGACAUACUUCGGUCCCGAUGUGACGGUCAGUUUCCUGCAGAAAAAUAAAUUGAGCUUCAUCGUCCGGAGCCAUGAAUGCAAGCCAGGAGGGUACGAGUUGCUGCACGAUGGAAACGUAAUAACAAUAUUCUCAGCAUCGAACUAUUACGAGAUUGGUUCAAACAAGGGCGCAUAUUUGAAGCUAUGCGGCAAUUCUUUGGAGCGACAGUUCGUGCAAUACACCGCGGCUGUAUCGCGCACACGGCGGUUGACAUUCAGGCAGAGGGUUGGACUUGUGGAAUCCUCAGCUAUGCGGGAACUUCAUAGUCACAUUGUGAUGGCGCGACGGCAGUUGGAGGGUACCUUCCGAAGUAUGGAUCCGGAGAAUUGUGGUUUCAUAACAAUAAGCGAUUGGUGCACCGCAAUGGAGCAGACAACGCAUUUAGGACUUCCGUGGCGGAUGUUGAAAGAUAAACUUGUGCGGACCGAUCCAGAGACGAGGAGAGUGAGAUACAUGGACACAUUUGAUUUGUCAGCUAAUAAAUUCGGUCGCAAAUCUGAUACGCAAACAGUCGCUGAAACACUUUAUAAGAACAAGCAAAGUCUGGAAGCAAUAUUCAAGAUUUUGGACAAAGACAACUCCGGCUACAUAACGCUCGAAGAAUUUUCCGAGGCGUGCCAACUGAUCGGAAAAUACAUGCCAAAUCCAUUAACCCAAGAGCAGCUGGUCGACAUCUGCCGCUUAAUGGACAUCAAUAAGGACGGUUUGGUUGAUCUCAACGAGUUUUUGGAGAGCUUCAGACUUGCGGAGAAGAAUCUGCACGAGGAGGACCACGAGCUGGCUGAAAUACAGGCUACCUGACAAGAGCUAGACCGCUAUCCCAGCAGGACAGCGGUCGAUAAAGACGAAAUUGGUGUUGAAAUCGAAUUACUGAGAAUGAACGACGACUACAACACUGGAAAUGGACACGGCAGUUCGAGGGAGCCGGAGGAAAUUGCGCUUAUUGAACGACGACCCGGCCUGUUAGAAAGUGAUAUGUGAGCGAAGGAUAACGGGAAAUGAAGCAACAAUUAGGUACACUAUCCUUAAAUCUUAUUACGCUCCCCAGUACCAGGGCCAGUUGGCCGUGAAAGACCAAUCUCUUUGCGAGCGAU